UCUUUCUCUUGUUGCCUUUUCACGUGAAAACAACACAAAACCCUCACCUCCAUUUUUCUUCCCAUCACAAACCAAAGGCCGCAAAUUCACUCACCUAAUAGUAUCAAUUGCAUUAGUACCUUUCUCUACUGCAUCCACUCCGUUCUUUUGUUAGCUUUCUAAACUCCACAAAUUUCCCAUGGCUCGAAAAGGAAGAGGUAAAACUAACACAUCGGUGCCAGAAUUUGAUGCCGAAAAGUUUCUUUCUGCAGAAUGUGAAAGUAGAAGGGGGUUACUUGCUCGUCGGAAUAUCAUUCAUGAAAGGGUGCUCUCGAUACCCGAAGAUGACAUGCCUCAAGUCCCUAAUCAGAUUGAGAAGAGAGGUUGGGAGUACUUAGUGACAUAUCCAGAAAACAAGGAGGCCUAUGCUGAGUUAGUCGUUGAGUUCUACUGCAAUGCUUAUUGUCCACAGAAAGAUAAGCAAAAGGAGAAAAGUUUUGUAAGAGGGAAACAAAUUCCUUUUGAUGCUGACACUAUUAAUUCUCUGUUGAAAAGCAAGCUACUCAGAACCAAAGAUCAAUGGCCAACCUUUAAACAAAAUGUCAACACUGUUAGUCUCUUGAGGGAGUUAUGUAAGGAUGAAACUGAGUGGAUUUUGGAUUCGACCGGAAAGCCCAAAAAGUUUCCCUCUUCGUCCCUUGUGCCUUUGCCAAAAAUUUGGGCAGCAUACAUUGGGACUAAUCUAGUCCCAUGCUCGAAUGUUUCGGAUAUUAAAGUGGAGAAAGCUGCCCUCAUUUCAGCAAUUAUGACCGGGAAAGUAAUUGAUGUCGGGAAAAUUAUUCAAACUCAGAUUCAAAUCAUCGCCAACUCUGCCACAAAUGCGUUGGAAUUCCCUCGUUUGAUCACCCUGUUAUGUGAAAAGGCAAAAGUCGACAUGAAUCUCUCCCUCCUUUGAGGAAACAUGCUGUGAUAGAUUGGACUUAUGUCUGCAAAUACUGUGGGGUGGAUGGUGAUGACGAUGUUGAUGAGCCAAAAAGGAAAAGGGUUCGACGCCAGGCAGGUGCAGAGAGCUCCCACCAAUCAGCCCAAACCACUUCGAGAAGUCGUGAGGAGAGAAUUGAUGUUUUAGAAGGAAAUGUGCAAGCCCUUCGUAAAGCUGGUCAAAUCCAAUAUGAAGAUAUCAUGAAGGCGCUGGGGGUAGUAGGUCAGAGCUUGAAGGUAACUGUUCCAGAAGCAAGGACAUCAGAGGAUUUAGAUCAACUUGUUGGCUGGGUCCCUAUGCUGGUGCAACCAUCAGAUGAAAUUCAAACUGAAGAGAGUGGUGAUGAGUCCGAAUGAGGACUAGUACCCUCACCGGGAGAGAGAAGCACAUGAGUUACUUUCAUCAAUUAAUUUCAUCUCUCUCAACUCUUUAUCUUUUAUUUUCCUGUUUAGAACUUGCAAUUAGUGCACUUAUUUUCUGUGUCAUUUCUGUCUUCUUAGAAACACAACUCUAGUUUGGGGGAGGGGUUAGGAGUUAUAGGUCAAAGUAGUUUCUGUCAGUUCUUAUUUGUAGCAAUUAUCUUUUGAGUCAAGUAUUUUAUUCAGGUUGAGUUAGGAUCCGAUGAUGACUUUUAUGGUGAAUUAGUAGGCUCUGUUAGUCCCGCUACGAUGCAGCCUUGUGAAAAAUCCCAUUUGGUAAUUACUCGAAGUUGCAACUUUGAGUGAGAGUGGAAAUUUGCAUAGUAAGGAAUAACAAAAAUCAUGUUGGUAAAUAUAAGUCUGAAAUGCACAUAGAGGAGCAUAAAUUAGUGUGGGAAGCACAAUAAUAAGACAAAUUCCCAUCUAGCUUAUGUGAAAUAAAAUGGUCAUUUGAUUCAUAUGUUUAGUGGCAUGAUUAGGGUUAUUCUUUGUGAUGCUAUUUACACAGGAAUAGGAAGAAAGUGAACUGCACACACACACCAUAUACCUAUGUGGGGAAUGAUCCAAGCUGUUCCGUCAUGGGAUGACUUAGAUGCUUGCUUUAGUAACCAUACCUGAGGGCAAUCCAACUAAAAAAAUUUACUCAAUACCUGUUGUCUUCAUAUUAUGCUAGGAAUUCGGAACUGACAGUCAAUGCUUUUCAUUUGCAUCACUCGAGGUCGAGCAAUGUUUAAGUUUGGGGUUGUGAUAACCGACAAAAAUGUAGGUUAUUACCUUCAAUUUUACCUCUAAAUCAAGUUUCUUUUGAGUGAUUGCAUAACAUAUUUCUCCUUAUUUUGUGUUUUCUGAUUGUUUUACUAAGCUGAUCUCCUCUGCAAUUUAUUGCAUGAUUUUUGAACAUUUGACUUGCUCCGAGUAUGUUUGGUUAUGUAGGAAUGGAGAUGGAUAAAAGGUAGGUCACGAGAAAGCUUCCAAGUGGACGGAUACAUCUUUUGUUGAAGUUUGCUGAUCGAUUCUUGCGAGGCCAGCAGGCGCUAGGCGCUAGAAGAUCACCUCAGAGGCGCCAGCUCCCUGGAAGUGGGCGCUAGGCGCCCAUGCAGCAGCGCAGCGCUGAGAUAGUUCGUGUUCCUCAACUGUGCACCGACGCUAGGCGCUAGAAGACCACUUCAGAGGCGCCAACUCUCUGGAAGUGGGCGCUAGGCGCCCAUGCAGCAGCGCAGCGCUGAUAUUGUUCGUGUUUCUCAAGAUGUGCACCGGCGCUAGGCGCCCUAGUCGGGUCAAAGCGCCCCGUGUUGGGCCUGUUAUGCUAUAAAUACGUUUUUAAUCAAAACAUAGGGUUCUUAAUCACUUUUGAGGGGAGAAACCUGUGACCUAGCAGACAAGACACAAAAGAGGCGGCUUUCAACACCAUUGAAGGAGAUUUAUCAAGAAUCGUUCAUGGAUCGUUCUUGUAAUUCUUCUUUAAUCUCUUUCUCUUGUUUAUUUGCUAUGAAUAACUAAACCCUCCGUUGUUGGGGAUGAGUAGACCUAGAUGAUUACAUUUGUCAUGUGAUUGGAUUAUGAUUAUUGAUUAAACUUAUUGAAUUGUUUUUCUUA